UUUUUUUGUGGCUGCCCUCAAGGUAGAUUAUGCCACGGUCUUUUUAUCGUCUUUCAAAUCUAUUACAAACAAGUAUUCGAAGAACCAAACACACCAUGUCUGAACAACAACAACGUAAACUCGAACUUAUCCAGAACAUUACUGAUGUCAAGGCUGCCAUGGCCACGGUACCACACCAUCAAAAGGCUCGGUUGGUGGCUGUUAGUAAAUAUAAACCUGCUGAAGAUUUAAUGCAUGUCUAUGAAACUGGUCAUCGUCAUUUUGGAGAAAACUAUGUUCAAGAGCUUGUAGAAAAAAGUACAAAGCUUCCUAGUGAUAUUCAAUGGCAUUUUAUUGGCCAUUUACAAAGCAAUAAGUGCAAGACGGUGGCAGCCAUUCCCAACUUAUUUGCCGUGGAGACAGUAGAUAGUAUCAAAAAGGCAGAUACAUUGAACAAGGCAUGUAUAUCAUGUGAAAGAAAAGAACCUUUACGUGUAUUUGUUCAAGUGAAUACUAGUCGAGAAGAGGCCAAAAGUGGUGUAGAUCCUGAAUCGUGCACACAAGUUUGUCAACAUAUUCAAGCAAAUUGCCCUCAAUUGACAUUACAAGGAUUGAUGACUAUUGGUAUGUUUGGGCGGGAUCCCUCAGAAACCAACCCUGAUUUUGAAUGUUUGGUGGAUUGUAAAAAGAAGACUGAAUCAAUGAUGCCGGGAACUGACUUGGAACUUAGUAUGGGCAUGUCUGGGGAUUAUCUUCAAGCACUAAAGGCAGGAUCAACCAAUAUCCGGGUGGGAACUACUAUUUUUGGUGCUAGACCUAAGAAAUAGAAUAGAUCUUAGUUAUUAUAUAUAGAUGAUUUAAAAUAAUGAUGAUGAUGAUGUCGUUGAAAUAAUAAAAUAAUAAUGUUGAAAGAAAU